GUCGCCGCCGCCGCCGCCGCCGCCGCCGCCGCCGCGGGGAUCGUCAGGCCGGAGCCGCGCGGCGGAGCGGGCGGCUGGCGGAGGGGAGGGCUUGGCGGCCGGGAGGCUCGCGGCGCCCGGGCCGGCAGGGUCCUCCCGGGCCGGCAGCGUCCGCCCGGCGGCGGGAGGAGGGACCGGCGCAGACAAAGAGCGGCGCCUGGGCGGGCGCAGCGCGGCCACCGCCCCGGGACCCGCGCCGCUGCCCUCCGGCUCCGCGGGCGGCCCACGGCGAGAUUUCAUGUGUUCCUUGUAUACAAGCGACGUCCCAGAUUAUAAUUCUCUGCUGAGAUUUGAGUUGGAUUUGAGGAUUUGGAGAAUCCCUGCAGCUUUGUAACUUCAGAGGUGUAAUUAGCUGAAAACAUCAUCGUUUUGAAGAGUUCUGCGUUUUGCCAGUCACCUCUCAACUGUGUGCCAAAGAAUUCAGUGGGAAAACAUGCUCAGCAUUUGUGGGACACCAGUGUCGCCCUCUCCACCACUGCAGUAAGAUCAGGAGCCCAUCUCCCACCUGAGUCUCAAUUCCAGGAAAGAGCAUCAGGGAUUCCCCCAAGCUGCAGAAGGACUCCAUGAAAGAUGACAGAAGAAGUUAUUGUGAUAGCCAAGUGGGACUACACCGCCCAGCAGGACCAGGAGCUGGACAUCAAGAAGAACGAGCGGCUGUGGUUGCUGGACGACUCCAAGACGUGGUGGCGGGUGAGGAACGCGGCCAACAGGACGGGCUAUGUGCCGUCCAACUACGUGGAGCGGAAGAACAGCCUGAAGAAGGGCUCCCUCGUGAAGAACCUGAAGGACACACUAGGCCUCGGCAAGACGCGCAGGAAGACCAGCGCGCGGGAUGCGUCCCCCACGCCCAGCACGGACGCCGAGUACCCCGCCAAUGGCAGCGGCGCCGACCGCAUCUACGACCUCAACAUCCCGGCCUUCGUCAAGUUCGCCUAUGUGGCCGAGCGGGAGGAUGAGUUGUCCCUGGUGAAGGGGUCGCGCGUCACCGUCAUGGAGAAGUGCAGCGACGGUUGGUGGCGGGGCAGCUACAACGGGCAGAUCGGCUGGUUCCCCUCCAACUACGUCUUGGAGGAGGUGGACGAGGCGGCUGCGGAGUCCCCAAGCUUCCUGAGCCUGCGCAAGGGCGCCUCGCUGAGCAAUGGCCAGGGCUCCCGCGUGCUGCAUGUGGUCCAGACGCUGUACCCCUUCAGCUCAGUCACCGAGGAGGAGCUCAACUUCGAGAAGGGGGAGACCAUGGAGGUGAUUGAGAAGCCCGAGAACGACCCCGAGUGGUGGAAAUGCAAAAAUGCCCGGGGGCAGGUGGGCCUCGUCCCCAAAAACUACGUGGUGGUCCUCAGUGACGGGCCUGCCCUGCACCCUGCGCACGCCCCACAGAUAAGCUACACCGGGCCCUCGUCCAGCGGGCGCUUCGCGGGCAGAGAGUGGUACUACGGGAACGUGACGCGGCACCAGGCCGAGUGCGCCCUCAACGAGCGGGGCGUGGAGGGCGACUUUCUCAUUAGGGACAGCGAGUCCUCGCCCAGCGACUUCUCCGUGUCCCUUAAAGCGUCAGGGAAGAACAAACACUUCAAGGUGCAGCUCGUGGACAAUGUCUACUGCAUUGGGCAGCGGCGCUUCCACACCAUGGACGAGCUGGUGGAACACUACAAAAAGGCGCCCAUCUUCACCAGCGAGCACGGGGAGAAGCUCUACCUCGUCAGGGCCCUGCAGUGACGGCGCCCCGGCCCCACACUCGCCUCCCGGGCCCCACGGUGGAGCUGCCCGCCCGGCCUUGUGGCAGAGGCUCCUCCCGCGGGGACGGCCCCGACGGCUUCUCUGCGAGUCUCUCUUUAUGUUCAGGUCGCUUGGUCGGUUUGUCUCCCAUUUGCCAUCCAGGCCUCACACCCACACUCGAGCCCACCCGGCCGGCCAGCUUUAGAGGAGGGGAGGAGCAGGGUGAGUUCACAUUAUUCCUUUUCCAUCGGAAAUGGCGCUCGUGCAUUCAACUCGUUCCCGCUCAUGGAACCCCUCUUUAAAAAGACGCAGGGCACCUGUGAGCGCAGGAGCGAGCCUAAGGCCACCCAGCGGCAGCGCCCGUGUCCUGGGCACUCAGCGUGCUGGGCAGAGCAGGUGCGAUGGCCCCAGUCCUAGCAGCCCUCGCCCAUGUCCUGUGCCCUUACAUGGCUCCCGGACUGUGCAGGGAGCCGACACGUUUGCUGAUAGCAAUACUGGAACCACCGGGUGCGAUGGCAGUGAGGAGACUGCCCAGUGCCUUUGGGGCUGUGCUUGCAAUAAAGAAAGAAUUUCCUGGAAAGGCAGUCUGCAAAAGAGGGAACCGGUGACUCAGAAAGACAGAUGUUUUGGUAAUUUACCCCAAAUGUGCCAUCCACAUAGUGCUUUUUCCUCUUGCCCUUCGGCUUGUUUGAAUCUCACAAUUAUGUAUUUAAUUCUCAAAGAAAUAUGUAUCUGUAGCCGUUUGUUGACACUAAUACAGAUGAUUAAGGAAAACAGCUGAUCUUUGGGGAAGGGAGCUACCAACACUUUAUACACACACACACGUGCACACACACACACACACACACUAUAUAUAUAUAUUAUUUACAGGGAAAUUUUUCAGGGUUUACAAAAGAGUAUGUGAUUGGUAGUAAGAGACACACAGAAUGUUUAUGAAGAAAUUGCAUUUUCUUUUUCCUUUACAUUUGAACUUCUUUAUAGUUUAAAUAUACAGUCUUGAGAUGGCACAUUCCUACGAUUGAAGAAGGGGUCUUGAGAUCCCCUAAACUUGCAUACCCAGUUUUUUGGAUAUUGUAAUAAAAAAAAGUAUUAUGACAA